AAGGCACGCCGUUGUGCCAAAAUAAUGCUGUUUUACGCGAUCGGGACAUUAACUGUGCAGGCGUUACGGCACCUUAAGUGAGCGAGUGAACUUUUUGUGCGUCUAACUAGCUACCGAUGUGUUUUAUCGAACCAAUUUGUAAAGUGACCGUAUUUUAAGCGUUGAGGUUGAAACUGAAAUUUGACAUUUUUAACAACCGUCGUAAUUAGAGUUGAAUGAAAAGAUUCAUGAGCGCAACAAAUCUUAAGAUUUUGCGCUUAUCCUUUGUUGUUACAAGAAAAUAGGAGGAUAAAAAUGUCGGUUGUUCGUGGAUAUGACUAUGAGAACAUUGAAGUUUAGUGUAGAGUGUAAGUGGGAGUGAAGUGAUAUGGUGUUGAGUGUCACAGCAUGACCACGUGGAUGGCGCUGUUCGGGCUUGUAUGGCUGCUGCGUGUGCGCGGCUCGCUCUGCGGGUGCUCGGCGUGCAAGCGAGCCAGGCUGGACACGCCUGAAGCCCAAGCCUCGCGCGCGCCCAGCCCAGACGACCGGGCGGCGUUUGACGUCAUCACUCUGCAACACUACACCCGUGACGCCACGGUACAAACAGAUUUCGAGGAUGAGGAAGUCGAAGAUCUCGAUAAGAUCGAGUUACAAAUCACGGAAGAAUCAAACGCCAGCAAUUGUGAGGGGGGGCGUGAACCGCGCAGUCCGGAAAGUCGAGCCGCAGGAAACACACAGUUUUCACCCAACUCAGACGAUGUUUGGGAAACAGCAGAGGUGACGUUGGAGCGAGGAAUGUCAGGGUUGGGACUGAGUAUAGCGGGCGGGGAGAGCGGUGGAGAUGUCAGCAUCACGCGGAUCGCACCAGCGGGGGCUGCCAAGAAGGAUGGUCGACUGCAUAUUGGUGAUAUCCUUCUGCAGGUUAACGAUGUCUCGGUUGAGAAUGCGCCGCACUCGGCAGCGGUAGACGCCCUACAAAAUGCAGGAAACAUUGUGAAACUGCGAGUGCGGAGGGCCCGGCGACCAAGGGUGGUGACACUGUGGAGAGGCGUCCGCGGUUUGGGGCUAGGCAUCGCUGGCGGGGCUGACGACGCAGCGGGCGGCGGAGGCGUCUUCAUAUCGCAUAUAGCGGUUGGAGGCGCCGCGCAUCACGAUGGCAGGCUCAAACUGGGCGAUAAGAUACUGGCUGUGAGAGAUGAAGACGGUAUAGAGACCUCAUUAAUCGGUGCAACUCACGCGAAAGCAGUAGCGGCAUUACGAAGCACUGGAGACCACGUAACCCUCGUGGUUCUACCCGCGGCAUCUAUGCCACCGGUCGCAAGAACCGCUCCGCUCUACUCCACUCGUACACAAGCCACGUCAUGUUCCACGCUCCAUGAACUCUCUGAAGAGGAUCCUAGUAAAAUACCCAGAUGUGUACGCAUGGUGCGUUUAGUCAGAACUGGUUCCCGACUAGGAAUGGACAUAGUCGGAGGUUUGGGCGACGCUGAAGACGGUAGCGAGGGUGACGCGUAUGGAGUAUUUGUGUCUGGCAUAGCAGUUGGUGGAGCGGCGUAUGGCAUGUUACAUAGAGGAGAUAGGAUCUUGAGCGUCGAUGGACAUGAUCUGACUAGAGCUACUCAUGAACAGGCGGCUGCUGCGCUAAAAUAUUCCGGAGGCGCGGUAACAGUGGCAGCUCAGUACCAACCCGAGCAGUAUGAACGGCUGCGCGCGCGCAUCCGUGCGAUCAACGCGGCCGCCAUGUCUCCACACACACACGCGCACCACACACAUGUUCCUGUACAACCCGAAUUGCACAUUAUGUAUCCUAGAUAGCAGUUCACAGUCUGCGAUAUUGAGCAUCGAAAGGACUGAUCACAGGUUACCUAAACGGGAACCCGCUUUCAAGGCACCAAGACUACUAAAUAAACUAUAAAAUACUUAUCAAUGUAUGAACAUUUAAAUUUCUGUCAUGUUUAGUACGUGUUUGAUACAGAAUUUGUGGCUAUUUACAAGUUAGUAUUAAUAAUAAAAAAUGUGUUUUUAAUUUUAUAAAAUAGUCAUAAGUGCUGUAAAGAUGAACAAGUUUCCCGAAUUAUGGUAUGGACGAUAAGAUUUCAUGAACUGCUGUAUAAUUGUUUCUGUUAAUAAACGACACAAUUGGUUUGGUACCAGAAAUAAAAUGAGAUAUUAGAUAUAAUUUGAACUUCAUUCCAUUACAAUAAAUCACCUGUUCAAUUGCAUUUACAUUAAGUUAAUCAUUAGGUACCUACCUAACGACGAUGAAAAAAUGUAUGAUCAAGAGUCCCUUGUUCCCCCUUUUCUUGGCAUCGGGAAGGUGGUCGAAAUAAAUGUUUAUGAGGCAUAAGAAAUUGGGUAUUAUUUGUAAUAUUUAUUGAUAAUUAUUCCAUUGAGAGUUAACCCAUAUCCUUUUUUAUUGUUUUCUAUUCUAUUCUAUUCUAUUCUAACUGUAAAUUAAACAUGUAAAUAUAAAAAAUUGAUACUAUUUGGUUAGGCAACAAUUAUUUUGUAAAUGUAACGAACCAUGUGUAAGCUCUUUACACACAUCUUAUUUAAUCCAUGUUUUAAAGUGUUUGUUUAAUUUUAAAUUAAUUAUAAAAUUCAUAGUUUUAAUAAAUAUCUCGAUGUAA